UAGAUUCUGAAUGGGACUAAUCAAGAUCGUGUGAUCUCACCACCAUCAAUGAGAAGUUGGCUAGCUUGCAGCUACAACCUAGUAGAUCUACAUGCAAUACCACUGAAGAAAUCAUUGAUCAAGUGAGAGCAGUUAUGGAGACCUACAAAAGAGCCCAGUCCCAAGAGCUGCGUGAGAUCAUCUCAGAGAUGAGCAGUGGUCGUCUGCCCCUCGGUACCUUCCUCAACCCGGCCCCGUCCUGUAAGCUCGUGCCCGAAGGCAGCUCCUCUGGAAACUACUGGAUCCAGAAUGUUGGUACUGGCUAUGCUAGUCUGGAGUACUGUGACAUGAGCAGGAGGUGCUGCAACAGUACUGGAGGGUGGAUGAGAGUGGCCAACCUCGACAUGACCGACCCUACUCACCACUGCCCCACUGGAUUCAGGAAAAUCACUACUCCCAAGAGGACCUGCGGACGACCCGGUGGCGGUUGUUCCUCCACGACUUACGCUGUCGAUGGGAUAUCAUAUUCACGUGUGUGUGGAAAGGUUAAGGCUUAUCAAUCCUACUCUCCAGAAGCUUUCAGUCCAUAUUACAACAAUCGAGCACGAACCAUUGAUGAUGUGUACGUUGAUGGAGUCAGUCUAACCCACAGUCAAAAUCCACGCAAACACAUCUGGACAUUUGCUAAUGCAGUAUAUGAGAUUUAUAGCAACCAAAACGUUUGCCCCUGUACGAAAACUGACACUCGUUACACUGGAGUUGUACCACCUUUUAUUGGCAAUGACUACUUCUGUGACACUGGUAGCCGAUACGCUGUUACAAACCAGUUCUACAGCGAGGACCCACUAUGGGAUGGAGCUGGAUGUGGUGGUACCAGCACCUGUUGUCAGUUCAAUAAUCCUCCGUGGUUUUGUAAGCAACUGUCUCAACCAACUACUGAUAAUAUUGAGUUGAGGAUUUGCUCUGAUCAAGGAUGGGGCAAUGAAGACAUUGCUAUUGAGCAGAUUGAAAUAUUUGUUCAAUAAAGACAAUAGUUGAAUGAGUGAAUGCCCUAAUUCUAUAUAUUAUAGUUGUUGUUCACUUUUGUGACAAGUUUGUUAGAGUGUGCAAUUAUUGCUAGGAUAAUCAACAGGUUAACAUUUAUGCA